AUGUCUGUCAUCGGUUCCUUGAUUUUCUGCACCGAUUGCGGAAAUCUCCUACGAGAAUCUACCGGCAAUGCGGAUGCGAUUCUGCACUGUGAUGUCUGCGGUACUCGGAAUAAAGGUGGGUGGACAAAAACCUUUCACAUUCUUCCCAGGCCGAUAGGUGGUUCAUUACUGACUUCUAUUUGCAGAUACAACUCCUGUGACAACCGUAUCUGA